ACACGGGGAAGACAUGUGUUGACAAUACCAAGAACCCCUUGAAUAUAUCUCGUCUUUACACUUCUCUUUCUUCACUUAUCAGAUCACAUCACUCUACAGAAUCCAGAAAGUUCCCACCAAAUCCAAGAGAACAAGCAAGGUCAAAUCAGUUCUAGCGGGUAUGUCGUCUUCGGAAAAUCCAGAGAUUGUCGAAAGGGGUCUUUUCAAGGACAAGGAGAAGGAGGAGAAAGAAGACAAGAAAGAUGAGCAAAAGGGUGGUUUUAUUGAAAAAGUAAAGGACUUCAUCCAGGAUAUUGGUGAGAAAAUCGAGGAAACAAUAGGUUUUGGAAAACCAACUGCAGAUGUCGCUGCAAUUCAUAUUCCUCAUAUCAAUCUUAAAACGGCUGAAAUAGUUGUUGACGUGCUUGUGAAGAACCCGAACCCCAUCCCAAUUCCUCUUAUUGACAUAAACUACUUAAUCGAGAGUGAUGGAAGGAAACUGCUUUCUGGAUUGAUCCCUGAUGCUGGAACAAUACAUGCACAUGGUUCGGAGACCGUCAAAAUACCACUUAAUCUGGUUUAUGAUGACAUCAAAACUACAUACAGCUCUAUAAAGCCUGGAAGCAUCAUUCCAUAUAAGAUCAAGGUUGACCUCAUAGUUGAUGUGCCUGUUUUUGGUAGGCUAACUAUUCCUCUUGAGAAAAGUGGCGAGAUUCCUGUACCUUACAAGCCAGAUAUUGAUCUUGAGAAAAUCCAUUUCGAGAAGUUCUCUUUCGAGGAAACUGUAGCAGUUCUUAAGUUACAGGUGGAUAACAAGAACGACUUUGAUCUGGGGCUCAAAAGCCUUGAUUACGAUGUCUGGCUCUCCGAUGUCAAUGUUGGUGGUGCAGAUCUUGAGAAAUCGGCUACUCUUGAAAAAAAUGGAAUCAGCCAUAUCGAUCUUCCCAUAACCUUCAGGCCCAAGGAAUUUGGCUCUGCUCUUUGGGACAUGAUCAGAGGGAGAGGUACUGGCUAUUCCAUGAAAGGUAACAUAAAUGUGGACACGCCCUUUGGACCAAUGAAGUUGCCCAUUAGCAAGGGGGGGGGUACAACCCGUCUCAAGAAGAACAAAGAAGAUGGGGAAGACGAUGAUGAAGAUGAGGAUUGAAGUUGGAGAUGCACUUGUUUGAGGCACGAGCUUUAUAGAGGAAAAGCCAUCUGCUGAUGGGGGUUUUUAGACCCCAAAAUAAAUAUUUACUUAGACUUGAAUGUGAAAUAUGUCUACUUAGUAGAUUAUUUUGGAAUUAUGUCUCUGCUUGUGUAACUUGUUGUGAUUGACAUCGUGAUGAAUUUGUUUGCUUUUAUUGUUGUGGUUGAUAUACUAUAUGCCCCUUGAUGUUUUUAGA